AUGGCCUCCGCUCCUAACGCAUCGAAGGAGCGCCAAUUCUUAGCUGUCAUAGGCGAUGAAGAUUCCGUGACCGGGUUACUACUUGCUGGCAUCGGCCAUGUGACCGAUCCCCCAGACUCCCAGCGAAAUUUCCUUGUGGUAGAUUCGAAAACUGAAACAUCUGCAAUUGAGAAAGCGUUUCACAAUUUCACUAAAGAGAGAAAGGAUAUUGGAGUCGUACUGAUAAAUCAACAUAUUGCGGAGCGAAUAAGAAACAGCGUUGAUAACUUCACGGAAGCCUUCCCGGCGGUUCUGGAGAUUCCAAGUAAAGACCAUCCUUAUGACCCAGAGAAGGACAGUGUACUGCGGCGUGUGAGAAGAUUAUUCGGAGAGUAA